AUGGCUUGGUUUUGGCAGGGCCCUAAACCUUCUGGGUCAUCGGGGAGUUUCCGGCGACGGCAGCAGGCUGAUCAGAUCAACCGGAGCUUGACUCUCUCCACGGGAGAAUUGUCUCCUCAAAAUGGCGCUUUACGGCCUUCCAUGGGCGUUCAGAAGGGUUGUCCUGGACGGGCGUACAUCAAGAAGGCCAUGGAAUUGCCGAUUGAGCGGCAAAACCUGGCAAAACUCGAGUCGCCGCCAAAUGGCUGGGCAGACGGUCUGCCCAGCCAUUUGGCGACGUCUGCCUGA